AUUCUUUCACGGGGAGAGAACCAUUGAAAUAGAAGAUUACCUGUUCACGGUUAACAGUCAAAUAAAAAAACCAUUGAAACAGACUGCUCCUCCUCCUUCUUCCUCUGCCUUUCCUUUCCUCCUCUCGCCCUCAAAUCUCUUACACUCUCACAAUCUACCUGUCUGUCUUUCAUGGCGACGUCUCGGCAUCUCACUCUCGGCACUUCGUAGCAUAUACAUCCUCACUCUUGAUCUGGUAUGUCUUACAUAAACAUCUCCUACUUGGUUAAACCCUACCAUUCUCGCUUUCAUGUAAACUAGGUCAAGAACUUUUGGGGCGUCAUCGGAUUUCUGGGUUAACCGUUCAGGACUACCUUUUUGAAGUGUGGGUAUGAUGGGCAAAGAGGAUGGCUCUGGCAAUCCUCGGGCUCCUUGCCAACUCUCUGGCUCCAGAAAAAUGUUUUGGCGCUCAGCUUCGUGGUCGUCUUCUAUGACUGGCCUUCAGAACCCCGAAACUGAAGAGAAAGAUUGUGUAGAUCCGAGUGGUAAUUUUAGCAACAGUAAUGGGCAAAAUCGCAGAUACCCAGCUCCGUUAACCCCGAGAUCCAGUAAAGCGCGGGCUUGUUUACCGCCUUUACAGCCGUUGGCAAUUGCACGGCGGAGCUUAGAUGAGUGGCCAAAGGCAGGUUCAGAUGAUUUGGGAGAGUGGCCCCAGCCACCCACUCCAAGUGGGAAGCAGAGUGGUGAGAGAUUGAAACUUGAUUUGUCAUCUAUCCAAAGAAACCCAGAUAGAAAUGGUGGGGGAGUGAAGAGGGAAAAAAUUGCAUUCUUUGACAAAGAAUGUUCGAAAGUGGCGGAACAUGUGUAUCUUGGUGGAGAUGCAGUGGCAAAAGAUAGGGAGAUAUUGAAACAAAAUGGGAUUACUCAUGUGCUGAAUUGUGUAGGCUUUGUGUGUCCUGAGUAUUUCAAGGCAGAUUUAGUGUACCGGACUUUGUGGUUGCAGGAUAGCCCAUCAGAGGAUAUUACGAGCAUACUUUAUGAUGUUUUUGACUAUUUUGAGGAUGUUAGGGAGCAAGGUGGUAGAGUGUUUGUCCAUUGUUGUCAAGGGGUGUCACGGUCCACAUCGUUGGUGAUUGCAUAUCUUAUGUGGAGGGAAGGACAGAGUUUUGAUGAUGCAUUUCAUUAUGUUAAGGCAGCGAGAGGGAUAGCUGACCCAAAUAUGGGAUUUGCUUGCCAGUUGUUACAGUGUCAGAAGAGGGUCCAUGCCAUUCCGCUUAGCCCCAGUUCAUUGUUAAGGAUGUAUAGAAUUGCCCCACACUCACCAUACGAUCCUUUGCAUCUUGUCCCAAAGAUGUUGAAUGAUCCUUCACCUUCUGCUCUAGAUUCUAGAGGUGCAUUCAUUGUUCAUAUACCUUCUGCAAUAUAUAUUUGGGUUGGUAAGCAUUGCAAUGCCAUUAUGGAAAGAGAUGCUAGAGCGGCUGUUUGUCAGAUAAUGCGGUACGAGCGGGCGCAAGGGCCAAUAAAAAUGGUCAAGGAAGGGGAAGAACCAUCUUCAUUCUGGGAUGCCUUUUCAAAUUAUUUACCCAUAAUGGAUAAAUCUGGUAAUGGCAUGGAUCUUGGGCAUUCUACUUGUAAGGUUUCGUCGGGUGAGAGGAAAUUGGGCUUAUAUGAUGUUGAGUAUGAAUUUUUUCAGAAAGCUGUCAUGGGUGGUUUUGUGCCUCCAUUUACCUCAUCAGAGGAUGAACAUGAAAUCCACCUUCCUGUUAGAGAAAGCAGUUGGAGCAUGCUAAGGCGUAAGUUUAACUCCUGUGAUAUGAAGGAGUUCGUCUCAGGGCCCAAGAUCUUCUCAAGGGUCUACUCAGAUUCCAUGAUGAUAGUACACUCUUCAUCACCUUCAUCAACAGUGUCAUUGUCGUCUUCUUCUCCUUCACCUCCUUAUCUAUCUCCAGAUUCAUUUUCUUCUGAUUCGAGCAAUAGUUCGAAAUAUUUAUCGGGAACCUCUUUAGAUUCUUCUACAACUGCUUCAUGUCCUCUUCCAGUAUCAUCGACUUUGUCUAAAUUUUCUGACUUGUCUGUAAAUUUAUCAAUAACUUCUCAAUCAUUAUCUAACAGUCCAGAACCUCCUGGGGUCUGUGACACUUCGCCGCCAUGCUCUCAGUCAGCAUCUUUACCAUUUAAAAAAUCUUCACCUUCCUUGGCUGAACGGAGAGAUGGCUUUAAGUCUCUUAAACUCGCAGCAACAGAUGCUGCCCCUAGUUUUCUUGUCAGUCAACAACAUGUUCUUGGGAUGAACAAUGAAUUUUUACCUUCAUGUGAACUAGAUGAUGUAGAAAUUGUCUUGGAGUCGAAGGAUAGCAUUAGAAGUGGAGUAGGAGAUUCCACUAAAGACCGCAACUUGAAGAAAUCCCUGUGUAAUGUAGUCAAUUCUAACUCAGUUCAAAAAAAAGUUGCUUCCAAUAGUAAUUGUGAAUUAUUGAAAAGUAAUGAUUGGAGAGGGCCCCCUGCUUCAAGUGUCUUUGACGAAAAUGCUUCGGUGAGUUGCAACUCAAUGAAGCCUUUAGUUUGUCGCUGGCCCAGUUUAGAGAGGAUUGAAAAGUUCGGAAAGAGAGAUCUGGAUUCCAAAUCUGCUUUUGUGAUUUUAGCUCCAAAUGCAAAUUUGGGCAAGAAUGAGGAUAGGACUCUGUAUUUUUGGGUGGGGAGGUCUUUUUGUCGUGGUAAAACCUGUAUUCUGCUAGGUAGCUCCAAACUGUUCGCCAAUCUAGGAGAGGUUGACUGGAUACAAGUUGGUGGUGAUGUCCUAACUCAAAUGGGUUGGCCAAGAGACACCUCCAUUAAGGUAGUUGAAGAAGACAAAGAACCAGUGGAGUUUUUAGCGUUGAUAGGAUUGUUGCAGCAUCAGUUUGAUUAAUGCAAGAUUUUGCGACCCAAUAGUUAGAAUCGUCGUGUACUCGUGUAUUUAUUUUGGACAGAUGGCGUACUCAGCAUGCAACACUCUUCGGAGUUAAAUGCCUGACAAGAAUAAUGAGGUAAUGAACACAACUGUGUGCAGAAAUGCUGGAAUGCCUGUUUUCUUAUGAUUGGGAAGGUUGCUGGAAUGCUGGGUAAUAAUUGGUGGAUUGUUUGUUCAUAGCUCUUGAUACUUUGUGACUCCACUGGCUUGUUUUAACGGUUCACUGCUCAUAUUUUUUGAAACACUAUUGUGACUCUUUUACUGCAUAAAUUACUAUUUACAAGCUCAGCACGGCCAGAUAUUACUCUCACAACUUUUAGCCUAUCUUGUUUUCACAUUAUGCAUGUAAUGAAUGCUCAUUUGCAGCCAGCAGAGGCUUCUUUGUAAACGUUUCCUCCCGAAUUGACCUCUUAUUAUCAUAUAUUUGCAUUGAUCUAAUGCUAUUUCAGCUA